CAGCGAUGGCGUCAUCGAGGCCCUACCCACCCGCCUGAAACCCGGUUCCACGUCGGGCGCGGAGCAUGAGCAUCUUAUGUAGGCCAUUUGGGUUCUUAAGAAGACUUCUAAAAGUGGAAAGCUGUAAUCCAACUGGGGCAGAAUCUUUAAUUCUACUCUCACCAACAACACUGGCACAGAAGAUUAGGGAAGUGCCUGGUAUUUUCUUGUUAAGUCAAAGAAAAGGAUUCUCAACCAUGCCAGAGAUAGAAACAAAUACAAGAGAGACUGAAUUAUUUUCACCCCCCUCUGGUGUCAGAGGAAUGACAAAACUUGAUAGAACAGCCUUUAAAAAAACAGUCACCAUUCCAGUGCUUAAAGCGAGGAAAGAAAUAGUCAACAGAUUGAUGCGAUCCCUGAAAAGCGCAGUGCUGCAACGCCCCGGCAUAAAGCGUGUGAUUGAAGAUCCAGAAGACGAACAAAGUAGGCUUAUUAUGUUGGAUCCCUAUAAAAUGUUUACUCAUGAGUCCUUUGAGGAAUCAGAACUUAGUAUUUUAAACCAACUUAAUGUCAAUCCACAGCUAUCUAAAUAUACUUUGGAAUUAACUUAUGAAAACUUUAAGUCAGAAGAAAUCUUGAGGGCUGUGCUUCCUGAAGGUCAAGAUGUGACCUCAGGAUUUAGCAGAGUUGGACAUAUUGCGCACUUGAAUCUUCGAGAUCAUCAGCUACCAUUCAAGCAUUUAAUCGGCCAAGUUAUGAUUGACAAAAAUCCAGGAAUCACCUCAGCAGUAAAUAAAAUCAAUAAUAUUGAUAAUACAUACCGAAAUUUCCAAAUGGAAGUGCUAUCUGGAGAAGAGAACAUGAUGACCAAGGUUCGAGAAAAUAGCUACACCUAUGAAUUUGAUUUUUCAAAAGUCUACUGGAAUCCUCGGCUCUCUACAGAACACAGCCGUAUCACAGCACUUCUCAAACCUGGGGAUAUAUUAUUUGAUGUUUUUGCAGGAGUUGGGCCCUUUGCCAUUCCAGCGGCAAAGAAAAACUGCACUGUAUUUGCCAAUGAUCUCAAUCCUGAGUCCCAUAAGUGGCUGUUGCACAAUUGUAAAUUAAAUAAAGUAGACCAAAAGGUGAAAGUCUUCAACUUGGAUGGCAAAGAGUUUCUCCAAGGACCAGUCAGAGAAGAGUUAGCACAGCAGCUGAAACAGUCAAAAGAAAGAAAACACUCUGUCCACAUUGUCAUGAACUUGCCUGCAAAGGCUAUAGAGUUUCUAAGUGCUUUCAAGUCAUUUUUAGAUGGGCAGCAGUGCAGCAGUGAGCUCCUUCCCAUAGUGCACUGUUACAGCUUUUCCAAGGAUGUUAAUCCUGCUGAGGAUGUUCGUCGACAAGCUGGAGCUGUGUUAGGCAUCUCUCUAGAAGCAUGCAGUUCAGUUCACCUAGUAAGAAAUGUGGCCCCCAACAAGGAAAUGCUCUGUAUCACCUUUCAGAUUCCUGCAUCUAUACUCUACAAGAACCAAACCAUAAAUCUAGAGAAUCAGGAAGAGCCGCAUCCUAAACGGCAGAGAACAGAUAAUGCCUUUUCAGAAGAAGGAACACAAAUAGCAUGAAAACACUUAAUUGGAA